AUGAGCAAAUCUCAUUUUGAUGAAAAUUUUCAAGAUAAUACCUCACAAGAUGAAAAUUCUCAAAGUGAAAAUCUCCAAGAAUCUGAAUGCAGUGCAUUCUGGGCACGUGCCAAACCUAUAGAUUUAGAAGAACACUUGGCUUUAAAUUGUCCUAAUCAAAAUAAGGAUAUUAUAGAUUUCUAUACUCAAAUUAUUGCUAAUCGACAAGGCCGUAGCCAGGCUGCAUCUCAAGAAAUUACACCUGGUGUUGAACUAAGUGCUGGAAUUAAAUCAUCACAAUUUGCUCGAGUAGCUGAAAUUGCAGGCGUUUAUAGAUUAAUAUGGUUAGAUCAAAAACUAAAAAAGUGGAAAACUACAGGUAAUGGUAUUAAAGAUAAAUUAGGCCCACUUUCUUCUUUAGCAGUUAAGUUGUUUUCAGUAUGUCCUCAUGCAGCAAAAUCAAUAGUAAAAAUAAGUUCCUAUUUAAUAUCAAAUGCAAAACAAGAAUUAAGUUUUUAUGGGUUGGAAUUAACUGAAGAGGAAAUACAAACUGUUUUUCGAGAUAUUGCUUUGUUUUCUGAAGCUGAUGAAAAAGAAGAUUUUGAUGAAUUAGACGAAUCUGAAGAUCCUCUUCAAGAUUGUGAUUACACAACUCUUGGACUAUUUGAUAAAGAAGCUUCUACGCAGUAUAGGCAGUGUGAUUGUAAUCUUAAUGCUAAACAGUAA